AUGGGCGGAUCGCCGCAGCUGAGUGAGCGCCAACACGUGCAGCACGCGCCGUUUCCUCCGCCGCAUCUUAAUUCGCAGUACCCUGUCUCGGCGGCUCGUGGAAAUGGACUCGUGGACUCGCAUCAAGCCCCGGACACCGAUCGACAUGUCAGCCGUCCAGUGCCAGCUGCUCAAAGCACAACGUCACAUCCUCGCGCCGAGACGGACCCUUCAAACUUGCCUUAUAAGUUGAAUGGCCAGCCAGACAGCUCGGUGUCCUCCCAAGCCCUCGCUCCCCAGUCACAAACACAGAAAACGCCAAAUUCGUCGGAUCAUUCGACCGUCCAGAGUGGUUAUUCGCCCAAGCGGCCACAACCGCAACCACAAUCUCAACCCAUAGGAUCGAGGAACCCCCCCACGAUAGAUUCACAUGAGGCUAGACCCAACCAAAAUCCACCAGACACCGGUGCCCAAUCGUUUACAAUACCCAAAAGUCCACCGAAAAUGUUAGUGGGUCAGAAGCGAACGGCGAUGAGCGUGGCCAAACCAGGCAAUCCGCAAGAUCCAUAUAAUGCAGGUCAGACGAGCUCCGGAAGACGGCGCUCUGAAAGCAUUGGCUCGCUUUCGCAUGGAAGUAGGAUCGCAGCUAAGUUGUCCGUACAUCUCCGUACCCGCCUCUCUUAUGCUGCCUCCAAGAUCGAGAAAAGCCGCCAAGCAAACAAUGCUCGGUUCCCAAUGGAACUGCUAGAAAAUGGCUCUCGAGCACCUUCCACGGAUCUUGACACGCUGAAACGCAUGGGGCUUUAUCCAUGCCUCGACGAGUCAUCGGAAUCUCAUCAAAUAAUGGACAUGAACUCCCCCGAUGGCACGACUGUAUCCGCGCCGGAUCCGUCAGCGCCCUCUCAAUCCCAUUUCCAACAGGACUCUUUGCGAGCGUCGCCAAUAAUCCGCCCCGGCUCGUCCACACCGUCCAUGCCUCAUCAUGAUCGGUCAAAAUCUCAUGGCUCAACGCCAACGAUCCCGAGACUAGCACCGCCGGCAGACAUCAUUCCGAAGGGUAGCAAUUCACGCCGAAGAAGGCCAAAUCCCAACGAAGCAUACAACCCUCGCCGAUACUCUCCCUUUCCCCUCCAUCGGCGACACCACUCGCAGCAAGAAUUCGGUGUUUCAAAGCCAGCCACCAGUUCGGAAAGAGUUCUGGUACCUGGGACACCUCCUCAGCCCCUACCUGGGGUAAUCUCCACGCCGUAUGGUUCCUUAUCUAAUAGACAUAUACAAGGUACAGCCAUGGAACAGGAUGCCAUCGAGACACUCCUUUUCAUGUCCAGUCCGGGACAUUCGGGCUAUUAUUCUAAUUCCCAGAAUUCUCAGCCUCAACCGAGUUUGAUACAGAACAGCGUUAGCCACUCAAUAGAUUCAACGACUAGCUCGAGAUGGGGGCAGGAUUCGCACCACAAGGAUGAAAGCGACCGGUCCGGUUCCCAUGGGCACGGCUCGAAUGCAGGCUUAGAGUCCCAAGCAGGUGAUGAGAUCGAUCGUAUGCUAGACCAAAUGGACAGCGACAGUGAGGAUGAGAAGGCCCUCCCUCGGCAUCACUCCGACAGUCUGAGCACAAGUUCCAAUCAGAAAAAGAGCACCCGCGAACAGAAGACUCCUAAGGGGUCGUGA